AUGGCCAAGUCAACCACCACCACCCCCCUCGAGCUGCGCCAGCACUGGCUGCACCGCCGCGAGGUGGCUCUGCUCGAUGUCCGCGAAGAGGGCCCCUACGCCGAGUCCCAUCCCUUCUUCGCCCUGAGCGUCCCCGUCUCCGAGCUCGAGGCGAGACUGCCCGCCCUUGUCCCGCGCCUGGCCGCGCCCAUCGUCGUCUACGACAACGGCGAGGGCUACGUCGACCGCGCCUCGGCACGCAUCGCCGCCUUGGGCUACCGGGACGUUUCCGUCCUCGACGGCGGUCUGGCGGCCUACGCCCGCGUCGGCGAGGUCUUCCGCGACGUCAACGUGCCCUCCAAAGCCUUUGGCGAGCUGGUCGCCGCCAUCCGCCGCACGCCGUCGCUGCCCGCCCCGGAGGUCAAGAGGGUGCUGGAGAAGAGGGGCGGGCGCCACGACGACGACGACGAUGUCGUCGUCCUGGACGCGAGGAGGUACGAGGAGUACCACACCAUGACCAUCCCGGGCUCCCGGAGCUGCCCCGGCGGAGAGCUGCUGUACCGCCUGUUCGAUGCCGCGCCGGACCCGGCCACCACCGUCAUCGUCCACUGCGCGGGGCGCACGCGCAGCAUCGUCGGCGCCCAGUCCCUCGUCAACGCCGGCGUCCCGAACAAAGUCGUCGCUCUGGAGAACGGAACCAUCGGCUGGACCCUCGCCGGCUUCGACCUGGACACCGGCAAGAAUGCGCGCGUCGGCCCGCCGUCGACGGCCGGGGUGCAACGGGCUCGAGAGCACGCCCGGGCGUGGGCGCGGCACGUCGGCGUCUCCGUCAUCGACGCUGACCAGCUCGCGCUGUUCGCGGCCUCAGCCGAGGACAGGACCCUCUACCUGCUCGACAUCCGUGACCCGGAAGAAUACGCCCGAGGCCAUCCCGAUGGGUUCGCCUCCGCCCCCGGCGGUCAGCUCGUCCAGGCCACGGAUGAAUGGGUCGGAGUGCGGGGUGCGCGCAUCGUCCUGUACGAUACCGACGGCGUCAGAGGCCUCAUGACGGCCAGCUGGCUCCUCCAGCUCGGUUGGGAUGUCCACGUCUUGCAGGAGGAUGCCACGCCGCCCGGCGGCCUGCACCAGGCCCGGCAGUCGCCCUCAUGGCUUCCACGGAACUCGACAAGUGGCAUCACGGUCGAGGAACUAGAGAGUCGCCUCGGCGACGCGGCCGUGGUGGACCUCGCCCGCAGUCCGGCAUACCGCAAGGGUCACAUUCCCGGCGCGUGGUUUGCUUCCGGCCCCGAGCUGGCCCGGGACCUCGGCCGCGUGCCGGGCACCGGGCCCAUCGUGCUCACGUCGCCGGACGGUGUUGUUUCCUCUGCCAACGUCGAGCAUGCGAGCCAAGCCAUCGCCGGCUCCUCCUCCGUCCGGCAAGUCCUCCACCUCAUCGGGGGCACUGCAGCUUGGAAAGCGGCGGGCCAUGCUCUCGACACGGAGCCGAAGUGGUUGUCAGAGCCCAUUGACGUGUACAAACGUCCGUACGAGGGGACGGGAAAUGCCGAGAAGGACAUGCAGGGCUACAUUGACUGGGAACACGGACUUGUGGCCCAGGUUGCCAAUGAUGACAUCGCGAAUUUCCACGUCGUGCGUGAGCAGACAGCAUAG